GCUGCUACACAGAUUUAACGAUUCAUAGCUUAGCACAAAGAGCGGUUGUUUAACAUGCACUCUGAUGUUUACUUUAAAAGCCUUCAAAGAUCGGCGCAACGACUGCGUCUUUGCAAAUUAGAGUCCCGCGAAGUUGAUAAAGACCUUGAAAUUUUGGAGAGAAACCGGAAAGACUUGAUUGAAAAGAAAGAACGAAUAGAUAACGAAUUCGAAAUCUUGCUUCGCCAGCACGCUAAAGCAGAAUGUCGUCAACUUGCAUCAAUGAUGUUACAGCGGCUACCUCUAGAGAUCCGGGAGAUGGUGUAUGAGUACGUUUACGUUGAAGAGAGCCCAAUAACGAUUGGCUCACAUCAUUUUACACCUUCUAAACCAACUCGGGUGAGUCAAGACCGGGAAGAAUUGAUCCAAGACGGAGAAGAGGUGGGUCGAGGCGCGCAAGACUUGGUUCGCGCGUUGCUUGCCAGCGCUGGCGAAGGGGCUAUGGUACAAGACCAUAGCAGCUCACCUCCAGAUGGCAUCAUAAUGCCUACUGAUCAUGCCCUGGAUCCGACAUUCAUGGGGAAAGAGGUGGCACAUGAAGUUUCCAAAUUUUACUACGCGUCCAACACCUUCUCCAUGUGCACUAUCGACGAUUCAAUAGAGAGAUUCCUCCUCUACGACGUAGCAACCAACUUUCCAGACUUCUUCAAUGAGGAGAAGAUCCUCGAUCUUGUUCCAAUUGAUCAUGUUCGCAAUCUCCAAAUUCGUGUCAAGAAUCAGCAUCUAUCUUUCCGAGGCACAGCCGAAUUCGACAUGGAGAAAGACAUGUUGAUGGAUAUCUUCCGUACUUUCGAUGCUUUGACUCAUUCUGGAAGGACCGAAACAUCUCCCCAAAUGAGUUUAGAAGUGAUACUCAUGACAUCGUUCCCACCACGUAGUCUAGAUCGGUCCACUCCAGAUGAUGAGACACGAGAGACACGACGUCGUUUGACGAAUAUCCUUGAAGCCAUCCGUUCGCCGUUAUAUAAGCUACAGCACGAUCAAAAUACGCAGAUCAGUGUCUUACAUCAUGAUGAAAGCUCUUUUGCUUUUCCGAGGCCACUCACGCAUCUAUUCGCUCUCGACAAAUCUAACUGGGAAUUGGAGAAAGAAGAAUUAAAGAAGGCGAUGACAGUUUACUCACCUCUAGAUUUCGUGGUCAAGACUGGUUUCAGGACAGCUGAAGGGCAAACCGGAGAUUCUGUAAAUGAACUAAAGAACGUACUCGAAAGACGCUGGGCCUGCAAUCCAGAUAUGCGUCUUAACCCCGAGUUCAGCAUUUCAAAGAGCGCCUACUGGCCGGUCAGAACUCCCAGCGACUUGAUAUCGGAGCCCAGGCCGUGA